AUGUGGUCGACACAGGGAAAUAAUAAUGGUUCAAACAACACAGUCACAAGCACGACGGCAGCUACGUCAAAUACGUCGCCAAAUUCGCGGUCACUUGGAAUGACAUCAGCUAUAAGUGUCGCUGAACCUAAACCAAGUGAUUUAACGCGAACUAAUGAAUUGAGAGAAGCUCUCAAACCUUACAAUGUAUUCGAGUCCGAUGAGGAGUUGCACCAUCGAAUGGAAAUAUUGAGUAAAUUAAACGCACUGGUUAAACAAUGGAUCAAAGAGACGAGUGUUGCUAGAAAUAUGCCGCCAAAUAUUGCUGAAAAUGUUGGUGGUAAAAUUUACACUUUUGGGUCUUAUAGAUUGGGUGUACACCAUAAAGGUGCUGAUAUUGAUGCGCUCUGUGUUGUACCACGUCAUAUUUAUAGAUCAGAUUAUUUUACCUCAUUUUUUGACUUACUUAAACAACAGAAGGAAGUUACUGAUUUAAGAGCUGUAGAAGAAGCUUUUGUACCAGUUAUUAAAAUGAACUUUGAUGGCAUCGAAAUCGAUAUGUUGUUUGCUAAAUUGGCGCUCAAAGAAAUACCGGAUACUAUGGAUUUGAAGGAUGAUAUGUUAUUGAAGAAUUUAGACCAGAAAUGUGUAAGAAGUCUUAACGGUUGUCGUGUUACAGAUGAAAUUCUGCGACUAGUUCCAAACAUAGAAAACUUUAGAUUAGCACUUCGUGCUAUCAAAUUAUGGGCAAAACGACAUGGAAUUUACAGUAAUGUCUUAGGAUAUCUUGGUGGUGUAUCUUGGGCGAUGCUUGUCGCCAGAACCUGUCAAUUAUAUCCAAAUGCAGUAGCAGCAACACUUAUUGAAAAAUUCUUUUUAGUAUUUUCACGGUGGCAGUGGCCGCAACCAGUAUUGCUUAAGCAACCUGACAAUGUUAAUUUUGGUUUUCCUGUUUGGGAUCCAAGGGUAAACAUAGCAGACCGACAUCAUUUGAUGCCCAUCAUAACUCCAGCGUAUCCUCAACAAAAUUCGACUUUUAACGUAUCUGUGUCGACAAGAACGAUAAUGCAAGAAGCAUUUGAAGCUGGUCUAUCGGCUACAGAACAAAUAAUCAUGGGAAAAGCAACGUGGGAUAAAUUAUUCGAGCCACCAAAUUUCUUUUGUAAAUACAAACAUUAUAUCGUACUAUUGGCAAAAAGUGCCAGCGCAGAAGAUCAACUCGAGUGGUGUGGACUUGUUGAAUCUAAAAUUCGUCAUUUAAUAGGUACAUUGGAGAGAAAUCAACACAUUACACUGGCACACGUUAAUCCAGAAGGAUUUCCACCUUUGAAUCCUGAAGAAAGUCGCUAUUGUUCAAUGUGGUUCAUUGGAUUACUUUUCGCUAAGUCGGAGAAUCUCAACGUCGAUCUCACUUAUGAUAUUAAAUCAUUUGUUGACUCAAUUGAGAAGCAAGCUGAGCAAUUGAAUAUGUUGAAAGCCGGUAUGUUUAUAGAAGCAAAACACGUGAAGCGAAAGGAAUUACAUCAUUAUAUAUCACCCAAGUUAUUGAAACGUGAACGAAAAGCAUUGUCGCAGAUCUCUGGCGCUCGGAAUGGAAAUAUAAGUGGAAUAUCUCCAAGAAGUCAAGAGCUCUUGAGGAAACGUCGCUCUGAUUCAAAUGCUGACUCGGAAGGAAAGAAACGUCGUAUCGUCGACGGCGAACAACCUAUGUCUCAAGGAGAUGAUAGCAACUCGCUGGUUGACGGCUGUGAUGACAGUAAUUCUGGAUUUAGUUUGGAUGAAUAUAAGCAAAGUUUGUCAACAGGAAAGGAUGAAACAUCAAACUCUGGUUCAACUACGUCAACAUCUUCAGCAACUCCAGCAGCAACAAAGUCGCCGGUAGUUCAAGAAGUAUGUACUUGA